GAGUGAGCGAACGAGUGAGAGUUUCUGCUGCUCAGCCCGAAGCUGGCCAAGAAAAAUAAUUAAAGCAAAUACGAAUGGAAUUUGUUGAUAUUGCUAUCGUUUUGUUGAUGCAGAACUAGCUCGCGGCUGGCAACGAGAAGAAUAUAAUUCAGGAAAACUCCUCCGCCAGUGCCUGAGAUUGAACGGCACACGCGAGCCUUUGUGCGCAACUGCAGGUACGUCAAGAUGCGUCAGUUUAACAUCUCGGUCAUUGGACUAUCCGGGACCGAAAAGGACCGCGGCCAGGUGGGCGUGGGCAAGUCAUGCUUGUGCAACAGAUUCAUGCGGCCAAUGGCCGACGACUACUUCAUCGAUCACAUAUCAGUGCUCAGCCAGAGCGACUUCAGCGGCCGGAUCGUAAACAAUGACCACUUCCUGUACUGGGGAGAUGUCCGUAAGACGACGGACGAGGGCGUCGAGUACCAAUUCAACAUUAUUGAGCAGACCGAGUUCAUGGACGACUCCACCUUUCAGGCCUUUAAGGUGGGCAAGAUGGAUCCAUACUCAAAGCGCUGCACCGCCACCAAGGUCUUCUCCGCGGAGAAACUGAUGUAUAUAUGCAAGAAUCAGCUGGGCAUCGAGAAGGAGUACGAGCAAAAGGUGAUGCCCGAUGGCCGCCUCAGUAUAGAUGGCUUCGUGGUUGUGUUCGACGUCAGUCCCGUCCCCAAUCGCAGUGUCGAGAAGCAGGUGGAGUUUGUGCAGAAUGUCAUCGCCAGCAUUCUGAAGAACAAGAAGCCGCUAGUGCUGGUGACCACAAAAAAUGACGAUGCCUAUGAGCUUUAUGUUCGCGAGGCGGAAAAGAUUAGCCAGCGGAAGGACUACAAGAGCACUGUGCAACUGAUCGAGACAUCGGCCCAUGAGAGCAUCAACAUCGAUCUGGCCUUCCUCCUGCUCGCCCAGAUGAUCGACAAGGUUAAGAACCGGGUUAAGAUUAUCUCGUACCAGGAAUCGGCCAAGUCACGCAAGGAACUGCUCGACACACGCUCCGAGGCGGUGACGCGACUGAUCCGCAAUCAGAUCACCGAUUACCACGUCCUCUGGUCGCAGGGCUCCAAGAUGCUGUCGCAGUAUCGCGAAUGGAACGAGUUCCUUAACAUCUUUGGCCACGAGGCCGGCCAGAAGCUCUUCCGCCGUCACAUGAAGAAGCUGCGCGACGAUCAUCUGAACAAGAAACUGCUGCAGUAUUUGGACAAGUUUGCAUUGGCCUUGGAAUACCUGCUGCCGGACAUUGGGGCGCUCAAUAUCAGCGACGACGAUGCGUGGGAGUGUGCCCGCAAUUAUCUGCAAAACCACAUUGAGUUUGAGCAGUACUUCUUCGAGUGCCCGCAGGCCUCGUGGACGGAGCUGGUGGAUAUGGACGAGGCCGAGGAUGAGGCGCGCAUUCCGUUCGAUGUGCUGGAGACAUCCGAGGCGGAAACAGUCUUCCGUAACUAUUUGAAUUCGGUGCAGCAGGACAAGAAGAAAAUUGGGUGGAAGCAGCAGUUCAAGAUGCUACUGGAGGAGUCUGGUUUUGUGACGCCCGGCAAACAACUGUCCGAGGUGCGAGUCCUGUUCAUGGGCCGUGAGUGUUUCGAGGCUCUGUCGGAGCACGACUGCCAACAGAUCUAUGAUAUCCAUCAGGAUGAGAUCAUUGAGAAGAGCAAACAAAACUUUGUGGAGCUACUGCUGGAGCAUGCCCAGUACUUUCUGCAAUUCAAGAACGUGGACAAUAUCACGCAGGAGGAUGUGCGUCAGAUAACAGAGGUCAUUCAGGAGGAUUCGCGCUACAAGAUGCUCGAUCGCUUGGAUCAGGAGCGGCGCCUAAUGCUCGUCCAGCAUCUGCGCUUCAUCCACUGCCCCGUCCGCGAUCACUGUCCGUUCUUUUACAACUGCGUCGACGGGUUGAUCGAGGAGGUGCUCUCCGACAAAUCGGCCAGCAACCACAAGACACCGAGUGUCGGUGGCGGCUGGAAAAGCUCAUCCUCAGGCAGCGGCACAGACCGCACGCUCAAUCUAUUGAUUGUCGGCUCGGAGCAUCUGGCCAGCGAUCUACUUAACGACAUACGCAUCUGCACCGGCAGCAAGGGCGAGUACAUCUACGAGAAUCAGACGUACUAUCUCAACUAUCGCAUUGCCAACGGUGACAUGGAGGCCUUCAAGGCCAUCGAUGUCUACUCAAGUGGCUUGAUCUGCGUAUACUCCAACCAGCAGUCCUUUGAAACGCUCAAGGAUAACCUGGAGCGUACACUGCUCUGUAACCUAGAGCUGGAGGAUAAAUUUGAGAACCUGCCGAUUGUUCUGGUCUAUCAGCCGCAGGAUCUUAAGGAGAACGAGGUGGAGUACCUGCGGAAUGAGGGCAUCCGUCUGUCCGAGAUGCUGCACUGUGACUUUAUCGAUCAUACGCAGAAUCAUCAGAAGUACGUCUACGAUAUACUCAACAUUGUCAUCCUGUCGCUGAAGCUGACCGAGAUGAAGAGCUACGAACCGUAUCCCUCCAAUCACACAGACUUGCGCAUAUUGUGCUGCAUCUUCUGUGGCGAUCAGUAUGACAUUGAGAACAUUGUCCAGCCACUGGUGGCGGAAUCGACGCUGGUCAAGGCCAGCGAGCACUCCAUUAUCGUGGACGUUUUCAUUGGCGAUGCCAAGCGGCGAGUGGAGUUCAUACUGUCGUCAUAUCAUGGCACUAGCCAGUAUCGCGAUGAGCUAAUCCAUGGCUACAUUUACUUUUAUUCGGCCAAGCGCCGCUCAUCGCUGGCCAAUCUUAGCCUUUUGGCAGCGCAGAGUGCCAACAUUCCAUUGCAAAUCAUCGCGGUGACGGAGAGCGGCGGUGUUAAUGCGUUUUUCAACAGCGAUAUUUGCCAAUUUCUGAUUACCGAGGGCAAUGCGGUGGCCGAUCGCUUCAAGGGCAGCUUCAUGACCUUUUCGGCGGAUCAGUAUGUCAAGUUUGCCUUUUAUAAUCCAUUCCUGAAGACCGCCUGGGAUAACAAGUACGAGGUGGAGAAUUUGCAUGUGGAGGAGUCAAUUACAUUGGAUUCGGGCGAGGGAACGCUGGAGAACUCGGUUAACCAGAUGCCACGCCCGCCGCCGCGCCACGAGAGCUAUAUGCUAUCGAAUACUCUGGGAACGGAUGGUUCCGGCAGUGAGAAUUAUGAAAUGCUUCCUACCCGAUCUCUCAACUCAUUAAAUGAAGAAAGAGAUAUAUCAUUAGAUGAAAUCUACGAUGACAACGAAAAGCCAAAGCAUCUGCAUCAAAGAUUCCAGAUAUUCCCUCCUCCAACAACUCCUCCAGAGCCAGCCCCUCCAGAUCAUCAGCUCAUUACAUGCACAUAUAAGAGUCAAUUCGUUUCGGCUUCAGAAUCAAGUUUGGAAGAAAUAACAUCGGAUGUUAGCGGGUCCAAGGAUUCACUGGCCACCCAUGAUGCAGAGUGGCUAGAGGACAAGAGUGAUGGGCGACGCAACAUGAACAAGAACUCCAUAUGGAACAACUUUAGCGGCUCGACGCACGCCUAUACCACUGGCCGGCGACACAUCGACUCCAAUCUGAACAAGAUCCGGCCAAAGGGACCGAGCCAAACGUUAAAAGUGGGCGAGGCGCCCAGCCGCAACUGCCCGGCCAUGAGCUCCUCCACCUUUACACUGCCCACCCAGCAGCCGGGAAAGCUCAAUAUGAAGAACUUCCAAUUGGUCAGCGAUGCGGUGGCCAAAAUGAAUUUUACGGGCUCGGGCUCUGGCUCCGGAUCAGGCUCCGGCUCGGGGAGCACCGGCCUCGGCCUGGGCCUGGGCAGUGGCAGCAUGGCAGACUCGUAUUUGGGAGCCUGUGAGCCUGGCGAUGGCAAGGAUGGCAAGCGAUAUGAUCACGCCCAGCUUGAUGGCGAGGACGAGGACUCCGAGGAGCUGGCCGAGUACGAGCAGAUCUAUGAGAACGAAGACUGCACCGAAUCGGACAGCUGUGCCAGUUCCACGGAGCGACGGGUGCGCCAGCAGAAUGCUGCCUAUUACAAGGCCAGCAGCAAGAAGCCGGUGGCAGCCAAGAAGCAGAAGAAAAAGAAGGUGGCCAUACCAGUGCAGACACCACGUGUUCCUCCGUUUGGCUCCUAUGUGAGUCCACCGGAGAUUCCGCUGCAUUAUCAGCGCAUGGCCGUUGGCGGCGGCGGCGGUCCAGGUGAGAGAAAGAAACCCGAGGGCGUCGGCGUGCCCGAGUUUAUGAAAAGCGACAAGUCGCCAGAGUACUCCAUGGUGCCAGAGCUGGCGGCAGCUGGAAUCUUCGGGGCAGAGAAUCUGCCCGAGUACAACAUGAAUGCCAAGUGCUUGAAGGACUUUGAGAAGCUGGAAAAGCGGCGCAUCAAGGAGGAGACGGCACGACUGCGCAAGCUUCAGGAGAAAGAGAAGGAGCAGGAGAAGAAGCUCAAGCGCAAGCUCAAGCAGAAUGCCAAGGGGCAAACCGAAUCGGCAGAGGCGCAAUUUGGCAAGCUGAUGAUAAGCUCCGACAAGGAUGAGACACCCAUUUUCCUCAACAAGUGCGUGGAGUUCAUCGAGAAGGAGGGCCUCGAUUCCGAGGGGAUUUAUCGAGUUCCCGGUAGCAGGGCGCAUGUCGACAUGCUCUUCCAGCGCUUCGAAGAGGAUGCCAACACCGAGAUCGAUUCUCUGGACAUUCCCGUCAAUGCAGUGGCCACCGCUUUGAAGGACUUCUUCUCGAAGCGCCUGCCGCCGCUGUUCAGCAAGGAUAUCAUCAAGGAGCUGGAGGAGAUUGCCGGUUCCCGUGGCGUUGGCAAUUCCAAGCUAAAUGUGGAGGUCAAGACCGACCGGAGUUGCCGCUUGAUAGCUUUAAAGUCGCUUCUCCAGAAGCUGCCGCACAUUAACUUUGCCAUACUCAAAUAUAUAUUCCAGCAUUUUGUGCACGUCUCGGACAACUCAAAGCUAAACAGCAUGGACAGCAAGAACUUGGCCAUUUGCUGGUGGCCCACACUCAUACCCAUCGACUUCACCGACAUGGGCCACUUUGAGCAGCUGCGUCCGUAUCUGGAGGACAUUGUCCAGACAAUGAUCGAUCAGUUUCCGUAUCUGUUCUGCGGCAAAGAUGCCUUUGUCAUGGUCUAGAAUUGGAAUGUCACCUGGAAGCCAAAACGAGAUAGCUAGAUUCAAUGUGCAUGUGUGUGUGUGUUUGUGUGUGUGUGUGUGUGUCUGCAUGUGUGAGUGCCAUUUGCCAAGUUUAGGUGCGAGAGUGCCAGGGUCCAUGCAUGUGUGAGUGGGGAUCAGCGAGAAGGGUCCUGUUAGCAAUAUAAUUGAGUAUUGGGUUAAAAGUAACGAGUGACGAGUAUCAAGUAAGCGAGGAUUCAAGAGCUAGAAGCGAAAUCGAGAGAAAGUGAAGGCAGCCCAUCGAUCGAUCGAUUCAUUCAAAUGAGGAUCAGCAGCCAGGCAUACAUAUAUACAUAUUAAUAUUUAAUAAUAGUAUAUAGAUGUGGGACUUGUGUGUGUGUGUGUGUCUUUUACGUGUCUGUGUGCGUGU